ACAAGAGCAAGAACAAGUGCACCCUGCUGAUGGCGCACUACCGGAGAAAAGGAGCCAUAAACGCCACUGAGCUGCUGGACCAGAGGAGCAGAGGUGUUGGGACUCUGAUCAGACACAAUAUGAAGGUUCUUAGAGGUAUCCUCCUCCAGGACAGCAGGAGUUUUAUUAAAGUAUGGAGCAGGACCUCAAAAUCCACAAUAACGUAUGAGAGUGGAAAAAUCUACUUUGACAAUUACCAGAACUGCUACAGCUGUGUUCACUCAGAGCCUCAAGUUCUAUACAAGUUGCCGCAGAGGUCUAAAUUGGAGAAAUUUGAAGAUGCCUUGCUGUGUCAGAGCUCAGUUGACAAAACAUUACCCUCGCCCUCUGAUCAUAAACCCAGCCUCUUGGUUUUGACAGCCGAUAACUGGCUGUAUCGCCUUUCAGCUGAAACAGGAGAGGAGCUGCAGAGAGUUUACCUCUCUUCAAACCAUAAGUUCAGGUAUCUUGGCUGGGAUGUUUCUCAAGAGACAUUUUAUGUUAAAUCUGUUCAAAAUAAAGUAACAUCUGUAGCACGACAGGCAGGUAUCAGUCAGAGUACAGUGAUGCACCUCGCCAUCUUUCAUGUUUUCCCCUUGGAAAUUGUGGGCAUUUUGGAGAUCAACAAAAAAGUAUUUGGAAAUGGUGUUACUGAUGUUGUCCUAUCUCAAGGUGUCCUUGCAGUAUCUCACAGCAACAAGUCAGUGAAGCUGUACAGCUUUGAGCACAUUGUCCAAAGGAACUUGUUAGAGAAGUUAACUCUUGGAAAGCAGAGUUCACUUCCUGGAGGCAAAAUAGUGGGAGAUUUUCCUUUUGGUAUCCCAGUAAAUCUCCAGAUCACAGAUUGCCCUCCCGUGCUUUUUGAGUCAUGCUCUGAUAACGGUAUCCAGAUUGGAGGCUACCCAUGGCACUACAUCUUUACACCACCGCAUAAAAAUCACAAAGGGACUCACCACAUCUGUUCACUGAAGGACAGCACUAUGGCAACCAAUGGAAUACAAAACAUGGACUGUUGCUCUCUUGAGAGUGAUUGGAUCUUCUUCCACCCUGACAACUCAGGCAGAAUCAUUCAUGUUGGACCUACCACCAUAAAUGUCCGAAAAAUCCUCGGUGAACUGAACAGUGGUUUGCCUUCAAAGGUAGCUGAGGAUUUCUCUCUAACAACUUAUCGAAACAACAAUCCUACCUCGCAAGUCACUGUAACCUCUUCGGGCCGCACGGUGAAGAGAAGAUUUCAUCAGCUGGAUGAUGACCCAGAUCAAGAGACUUUCCGUAUGGUGGAAUAUGAGGAUGAGCUAGACCUUUUGGCAGUAGUGGUAACUAAUGGUGAGGAGGGAGAAGGAAGAGCUCACAUCCGACUACAUGACAACCUGAGCGGGCAGUUACUGCGGACAGUUGAUCUGGUUGAAUCUUGGGAUGAGACUUAUCGACAUGAAGUUUUCUUUGACAAAGACACAAUUGUUCUUAUUGAACAAAAGAAUACAAACUUCUGCUGCCAUGUUUACAAACUCAAGGCUUCCAGAGAAUCAGUGAAUUAAGCUCCUGGAAGGCAUUUAAUGGCUACUUUUUAAGAUUAUGUAAAGAGUUGUUUCCAACUUGGGUUUUUCUACAACUUUUCUGUAAAACUAAUAAUGCUAUUUUCUGUAAUGCUGAUCAUGUCUUUGUUUCCUUUGUGUGAAUUACACUUGAGUAAUACUUAAGUAUAUUAUUUAAAUCAGUUUAAGUUUCUGCACUUUAUUGCUGUUAACAGUAUUUAAUAUUAUUUUGACAGUUUCUAUUUUUUCCUAAUUAAAAUGUUAUAUUUUAGUUACUC